AUGUUUACUGAGGAUGAUGAUGAUGAUAAUGGUCAGGAGGAUAUUGGGAGUGAGUCUCGAUAUUACAACACACAAUUUUCUAAUCCUAUUGUGCCUGUUGUUCAUCCUCCUCCGUAUGCAGAAAUAGACUUCGAUUUGCUGAGGGUGAAUCCUUAUGAUAAGUCAGAAGGUCGUUACUUUUGGGAUCCUUCUAAAGAGUUUUCAGUUGGGAUGAUAUUUUCUUCGAGAGAUGCAGUGGUUGCGGCUGCAAAAGAAUAUCAUCUAAGACAUCACCAUCAAUUUUGUUAUCAUGAAAUGAGGGAGAAGACGUAUUCUAUAAAGUGUAAAGACAAAGACAGUGGAUAUGCAUGGAGGCUUCGAGCAUCCAAGAAAGAAUGGGAGAAUAUAUGGAAAAUUAUGAGAUACAAUGGACCGCACACAUGUACAAAUCCUCAGUUGACAAAAAACCAUUGCCAAUUGGAUGAGAAUUUCAUUUCUUCAUUCAUAUUUGCAUUAAUUGAACAACAGCCUGAUAUAAAAAUUGUUGCCCUACAAGCUGAAGUGCGGGAUAAAUUUGAGUACGAGUCGUCUUAUCAGAAAAUAUGGAAAGCUAAGCAGAAGGCAAUUGCACGGCUUUAUGGGGGUUGGGAUGAAUCAUACAGUCAUUUGCGUAGAUUCAUGACUGCUCUUCAUCAUUUUAACCCAGAAACAGUAUACAUGAUCGAAGAUAAUCCACAUUGGAUAAAUGAGCGAUUAAAUCCGAUGUGUUGUAUAUUUGACCAUAUGUUUUGGGCUUUUAAGCAAUCGAUUAAGGGAUUUAAACAUUGCCGACCUGUUAUCUCAAUCGAUGGAACAUUCUUGUACGGAAAAUACACCGGGUGUAUACUGUGUGCAACCGCACUUGAUGGAAAUAAUCAACUAUUUCCAUUAGCUUUUGCCAUUGUUGAUAAGGAGGACGAUCGCCAUGCUGGAAUUCUUAAGGCGAUGCAGAAAGAUUGGUGGCAACCUCCAUCUGGUCAUUAUCGUUACUGCAUCAGACAUGUUCUGAAUAAUUAUAAUAAGACAUUAAAAAAUGCAACAAUAAAGGAAGCGUUGCGCAAGGCAGCAAAUGAAAAUCAGAAAAGAAAUUUUUAUGAUGCAAUGAACAAUAUUCGGAAGGUGCACCCAGAAUCAUACGAUUGGGCAAUUAAGAUAAAUUUAGAGAAAUGGACGAGAUCGCACGAUGGUGGACAGAGGUAUGGCGUGAUGACAACGAACAUGGCAGAAUCACUAAAUGGCAUGAUGAAAGGAUUUCGGGCGUUGCUAAUAACGGCAAUGGUUGAAAAAAUAUUUUUCCAGUGUGUCCAUUAUUUUGAUACGCGGAGGACAAGAUUUUUGGAUCAACAAAGUAGAGGCUAUGUUUUCAAUCAGUAUUGUAGUGACACACUGCGUGCUAAUGCAAUUAAAGCAAAUGGACAUAGAGUCCGGCGGUUCAAUAGUCAGACAAUGGUUUACGAAAUCAGUAUUGCAAACGGGAGGCAAAAGCAAGUGGUCAAACUCAUGGAUCAAACAUGCACUUGUGGCAAAUUUCAGGAGAUAAGAAUACCAUGUUCUCAUGCUAUUGCUGUAUGCAUGUCACAUUCAAUUGACUACGGACAAUUUGUAUCUGACUAUUAUAAAUUGGAUCGUACAAUCCAAUGUUACGACUACACGUUCUAUCCUCUUGGACAUCCUGACUAUUGGCCUGCAGCAGUGGACUUUCUCUUGUGCCUGACAUUUCUAGAACAAGGAAGAAGGGACGACCGAGGUCCUCUAGAAUACGUAAUGAGAUGGACUGGAGGUCAAACAAAAUAA